AUGUCUGUCACGUCGGAUGCAUGUGUGUCCUCUCCACUGCCGACAUCCCACCAUGCAACAGGAGAUGCGCAGUAUCACUCCGAGGAUCUACCAUUUUCGACAUCGUUUCCAGCCUUUACGGCACUAAAUCGGCGCCGACGAGUGACCUGCAAGUUGUGUCACCUUCCAAUUGGUUAUGUCGACAUCGGAAUGACACAUCUUGAGGCUACACGCUGUCAGAAGGCGUCAGAUUGCAAGAUCGCCUCAGAAGAUGGUAAAUAUGCGUCUGUCUCCAUCGCUUGCCCAAUCAAUGUUAGCCUAAAUUCUCGUCCAGCCACCGCCUGCGAAUCAUCAGAUGCGAUGGACGCCUACUUGACCUGGAUCAUGGAGGAUGUGAAUAAAAAUACAUUUGCUGCAGACAAAGUCAUCUGUGAUGGUUGUAAAAGCAGUCUGGGUGCCAGAAUUACGUCUUUUGAAAGAAAUCAUGGUGAGCAGGAAACAGGGGAUUGUGACCCACCUACCGAACGAGAGGAACGAUGUCAUUGGUUUACCUUCUCCCUCGAUCGCAUCAACGUAGAGCCGUUAUUUGGCCUGGUUGGAUUGAGGGAGCUCUCAUCCUGGUACCGUGGUGGCGAGCGUUUCUUUCACAGAAUUCAGGCUAUCGAGGAUUCGGGAGAUCUGUCCAACAACUCCAGAACAUGGCUGCGUCCACACGAAAGGGUGGAACAGAGCAGCAACCUGGACAAAGAGGUGGCAAAUGAGACGUGGCCAUUUCUUCUCAUGGAUCUGGUUAGAGCCAGUGAACUGCCCCAAGGCACUCUCGACCACCUGGACGGAAAUGUGAUGGCAUAUUUGAACAAUUUGGACGCUUUUGAUGCCAAAUCGGGGGCUGACGGUGUUGACGAUGACUCUGUGCUGACGCCGAGGAAAUGCUGUUCCGAGGUGGAGUUGAAUGAAACGAUAUCUGAGGCUGGUAAAUAA